AUGGUCAAUAGUCCGCACUUUUUGGGCUAUUCAAGGCUUGGUGCAGAAAUCACGGCUUUGAAACCUGAUCAUCGCGAACAAUUCGAUUUCGCAACCGAGCUCCCUGCGCCUGGUCCAAAGGAGCCUUUGUAUAGGAAUGUGGUUGGUCCUAACCAGUGGCCAGAUGAAACGGCAAUUCCCGGAUUUCGUGAAUCAGUCGACAAAUAUCUGUCGGAAGUGAGCAGCCUAGCAGAGUUGUUCCCAGGGUUUAUUGCAGAGGCAUUAGACCUCCCAUCAACUACAUUCAAUCAGGUCUUUGACACCCCGCAACAACACAAAUUGAAGUUGAUCAAAUACCCUCCCCCGCCUGGAGCUAGCAACAAGGAGUCCGGAUUUCAAGGUGUCGGUCCUCAUAAAGAUUCUGGAUUCCUCACAUUCCUUUUGCAGGGUACAUCCCACUAUGGUCUGGAGGUCCAAAAUAAGACUGGGACAUGGAUUCCUGCACCGCCACUCCCGGGAACAUUGGUUAUUAACAUUGGUCGCUCCUUGGAGGCUCUGACUGGGGGGAUUUGCACGGCGACCACUCACCGCGUAAGCUUACGGCCGGAGAACUUCCAAAGCAGUAUCGGCCCUUUGGGACCUAGGUUUUCCUUCCCGGUUUUCCAGGGAGUGAGUCUCGAUCUUUCUGCCGAUAAGAUAUCUUUAAAAAUCCCAGCUCAUAUCUGUACCUUGGUGAAGAAUGACAAGGUCAAAUCAGAUGCAGAGGGCACUUUUAACGAGAUAUUCCGUGGAAGCAUUGGCGAAGGCACCUUUAUUGCUCGAGUCACAAGUCAUCAAGAUGUUGGACAGCGAUGGUAUCCGGAAGUCUUAGCGAAAGCAUUAAAGGGCCAGAAGGAUUUUCUUACCUGA